AUGGAUGAAAGAGUUGAAGAAGAAGACAGGAUAUCGAAUCUUCCAGAAGAAAUACUGUACAACAUACUAUAUUUCAUGCCCAAAAAGGAUGCAGCUCAAACUUGUGUCUUGUCCAAAUCAUGGCGUUUUCUUUGGCAAAACAGGCUAACAAUUUCUUACAGUGAGGGAUCAUCCUUAUUCAGUGGGCCUCACCGCACCAGAUUAUUCAUCAACGCUGUACAGUCACACCUCAGCAAAGACAAUCAUCAUCGUAUAGAGGAGUUUCACCUCGAUUUAAAUAGUUCCGAUUCCGCUUCCCUUCUCGAAAACUGGAUCCCAAUGCUCAAGUCAAUCGGUGUCAAGGACUUUUUUCUUUCUAUUGAUCUCCAUGCACCCGAACCCGAACAACCUUCGUCGUCGUCGUCGUCCUACUUUCAUCUCCCCUCCGUUUUCUUUCAAGCCGAAUCUCUCACCAGUUUACGUCUCGUUCGAUGCAAGUUCCCCCAAUACGACCGCAUCGUACACUUUCAUCGUCUCGAAGUAAUUUGUCUACGCAACGUCGAGUUCACCGACCAACAUACUAUCAAUAAGAUAUUCUCGACCUGCCCUUUGAUCACAAGUAUUCAUCUCGAAGAGUGUAAAGGCUUGCAUUUAACGAACAUCGACGUAUUCCUCAAACAUCUCAAGCACUUCACUUUCAUUAACAAACAAUUCAAAGACGAAUUCUGCGGCAUUGACAUCCUGUCGGUCUCCACUAUUGAAACAAUCCACAUUCAUGGCAGCAGUACUCGAUUUCGAUUUCACGGCCAUAAUUUUACUUAUCUCAAGGAACUGUCUCUAAAGUUCGUGAUAUACUCCACCGACUCGUUCGACUUUUCUUCAUGUUACGAAUUCCCACUCCUUGAAAGCUUCGAUAUUACCGGUUCUGGAUUGGAAGAUAUAAAUCUACGUAUGCAUGCCCCGAAAAUAUUGCAUUUUAAAUGUCUAGGGUACAAUAGUAUCCCAUCCAUCAGUUUUACUACGCCAAUGUCGAGGCAGUGCAGAUCGGUUUUGGGCUUUCGGUGUCGUCACCCAGAAUCAAACUGGUUCCUCGAGCUAAGUGUACUUCUCCAUGCGUUCAGUCAAUCUCAAAUUUAUCUCACUGUUUUUUUAGAUCCCAUGCCAAACAUUCUCAACAUCAAACGAGAGGUUAUUGAUAAUAUUGAUGGUGUUGAUGUGGAAGAAUUGGGAUUAAAUAUGGUUCAUCCGUCUCCGUUUACAACUUUUCUAGACUGUAUGUUUAGUAUUUUUCGUCCGAGGAACAUAGUUCAGCACUCGUACGUGCUAGAGUCUCACAUCGAAAGGGAUCAAAAGCACCUCACCGAGUUUUUGUGCAACUUCCUAACUAUGAAGAGAUGGGAAUUUACAAGGAAAGAAGAUUUGGAGGAAGUAAGGAUCGAAAGCUUCGAUGCGGAUAAUCAACAAUGGGAACCUGUACUAUUGUCGGAAUGUGCAUUAUUGCCGAAGAGUAAAAACCGUGUCCGCUUUCAAUUGAAAUGGAGUGAAGAUGCUAAUCGUGACGAGGAGUCCAGUUCUUCUAAGCGUCGCAAGUUGGAAUAAUUAUAUAGAUACUAUUUUUAUUUAAUGACUUCAAACAAAUUCUGAGACAAGUUUUUUUUCCUUUUAUUUUUCGUCUGUGUUUUUUGCUUUCCUCUCCAUUUUCAAUAUUACAGGUUAUAUGUCUCUAUUCACAUCUCCCAUUAUUUAUAAUUGCACGUGCAAUAUUUAUAAUUGUUGUAUUUCAAUAGCCUGUGAGUCGUACGGGUCAAGUUACUAGUUAUAGUUACCGACUAAUAAUGAAGUGGUCAAUGAAGUCAACAACUAAUUAAGGAGGCGACCACGUUCACUUCCAUCAAGGUCUACGAAGGAAAGUUUGCCGGCAACUCGGGCAGGUUAAGUUUCACUGCCAUCGAAGAAUGGCGAGAGAACGAGAAGAUUACUCAUUUGCCCCUGUGAUGCAAGUACUUGGUGUUGCUUUACCUUUCUCUAUGAGUUCUUUGACAAUCAUUUCUCAUGCAAUGUUUUGUUCAGUUGGAAAAGUAUUAUUUCAAAAAAAAUGAA